AUGAGAGCUGACGUCUACAUUGAGACCCUCACCAGUGUCAGUUAUUCACAAUCGCUCACUAAGAUGGAGAGGCCAAGACUUGCUCUCAUUGUGCUUAUGUUUUUACUGUUCCAUCAGACAAGAAUCUAUGGAGAAGAAGUGGAGAUGACAGUCAGACCAGGAGACAACAUCACUCUCUACUGUGAUCGCUCUGUAACUUUUGGCUUCAGCAUUGAAUGGAUAAGAAACUGCUCUCAUGAAAAUCAACCCUCUCUCAUAAUAGAUUUUAGGAAACUAGACAUGGAGAUAUUUCAACGUUUCAGCUUUAUCCACAACAGCUACAAUAAUUCUUAUGAUCUACAUAUUACUAACAUCAGUGUCUCUGAUCUGGGACUGUACUACUGUGUGGAAGAAGCGAAUAAGCUACAUGAAGAUGAACAAGGCCUCAUCUCCCAAUCUAUCGUGUACUAUAAUGGAAACCGAACAACUCGUCUCUCUCUGGAAGUGACUUCCUGUUCUGAGCCCUCUGCACCUCCUGACUGUGUGCUCUGCUGGAUGCUGCUGUUCAGUGUGUGUCCGGUGUGUGUUCUCCUCUUCUCUGUCUGUGUGUUCUGCUUCUAUUGUAGGAAAAUGACAGAUUCUGCUGCUGAUCAAAAAGACAAGCCGAAAAGUAGAAACAUUGUUGUGGUAUGA